CUUGGACGACUAAGAAUAUUGAACCUCACCCUUCUCGAAAGUAAACGAAAUGGCAUCCAAUUGUCUUCUAUAAAUACCCCCAAAUGGCCCAUAUAUAACUCAAAACAAUUAAUCACAAGAACUCAAGAAGGCAAAAACAAUCCCAUGGCUGCAGCACUACCGGGGCUUGGCAACGCCAUCAAGUUCCUUCCCACCGGCACAGUCUUCUUGUACCAGUUCUUCAGCCCUAUCCUGUCCAACAAUGGCCAGUGCCACACGUACAACAAGUAUCUCACCGCCUUUCUCGCUGGUGGGUGUGGCUUAUGUUCCUUCUUUUCUACGUUUACCGACAGUUACGUGGGAGAUGACCGGAAAACGCACUAUGGGGUCGUAACAAACAAGGGUCUUUGGCCCUCGUCGGAGUCUAGGGACGUGGUCUUGUCGGCCUACAAGCUUCAGUUUGCGGACUUUGUCCAUGCUUCUUUUGCGAUAAUAGUGUUCGCGGUUGUGGUGCUUUUGGACGCAAAAACUGUCAAGUGCUUCUAUCCGGUGUCUGAGUCCACUCAGAAGACUCUGCUCAUGGUGCUGCCUGCCGUUGUUGGUGCGGUUUCUAGCGUGCUUACAGCGUUGUUCCCCUACAAGCGCCAUGGAAUCGGAUACCCUUCAAGUACUACGUCUUCACAGAACUCCAACUCUGGUGGAGAAAUACCCUUGACCAAAAUCUAACCAAGUUUGACUGUGCUUUCUUCCUACUUUCUUUCCUCUUCUUCUUCUUCUUCGUGUUCCCUUAUAUUUCCUGUUCACAGGUUUGACAUGUUUUUGCUGCUCAAGUUGUAACUUUUCAUUGUAUCCUUGAUAAAAAUAAGGGAAGUUUGUGUUCAA